AUACCACUUUGGUUACGCUACGUUGAUGAUACUUUCACCGCCGUGCGAGACGACGAAAUCGACGCAUUCCACCACCACCUUAACGAACAAAACAAUGACGUACAGUUUACUAGAGAGGUCGAAGAAAAUGGUAAACUACCUUUCCUAGACUGCCCGGUAAGCCGUGACGACAACUCACUACGGACAACAGUUUACAGGAAACCGACACAUACCGACAGAUUACUGGACGACUCAUCCUACAACCCGACAUCACACAAAGCCACUACUAUCAAGACUCUUACCCGACGAGCGCAACUAGUAUGCAAUACGACAGACAGUUUAUCCGACGAGAACAAGUAA